GCCAAGCGUCAGCUGCGUCUCAGCUGAUCGGAAGUGUUGAGCGCAGCCUGGACGACUUGGUCAGGGCGAUUGAGGCUAACUUGGCUAGCUUGCUAGAGUGGGGGGAGACAUGGCCGAUACCAUAGCUGAUACAAGGAGGCUAUUCACUAAGCCUCAAAAUUUGAAUGACGCUUAUGGACCCCCAAGUAAUUUUCUAGAGAUUGAUGUAAGCAAUCCUGAGACGAUUGGUGUUGGAAGGGGACGAUUUACCACGUAUGAAAUCAGACUGAAGACCAACCUCCCUAUCUUCAAGCUGAAGGAGUCCCGUGUUCGUCGGCGCUACAGCGACUUUGAGUGGCUUAGAGGGGAACUGGAGAGAGAGAGCAAGGUGGUGGUCCCCCCUCUCCCAGGGAAAGCUCUUUUCCGCCGCUGCCUGCACAUGUUCUUUCUACAGGAUGAGUCUGUGGACAAGACCUACACCCCUUCCAAAAUACGGCAAGCCUAAGAGCAUGGUCCAGCCAGCCCAAAUACCCAAAGCCCUCUCAAUCGCUAACGGGGUCCUACUUGGUCCACAAACACUUGUAUUAUCUUCACUAUUUGUUUUGCAGUCACACUCUGUCUUUUGUCUUUUAGUCUUGUUUGAUUCGUUAUCUUGUCUUUGGCUUGUUUUCAACUCUCUAUUGGAGAUCCUACUAAGAAUGGUCUACUCUUUAUAACUGUGGUUGAAUAUAAUUUGUAUAAUCGUCUUUCUUAUUUUAUUUGUCUGGAGAUGCCACUAACUUGGGUAUUUUAUGUUACCUGUAUUAUCAGUAUGGUAUGUCCUGGAUAUAUAGUCAUUUUAAAAAGAAACACAGAAUGUCCACUAUUCCGUGUGCACAAGCCUCAUGCUUGAUAGUUGUCUCCUCACCGUUGUACAAUUGGAAUGUCCGCACCAUAACUGUGACUUUUUAGACGGUCCCUGCCUCUGAAAAUCACACUUUGUAGAUGGUCCCUUCCACAGUGAACAGAAGCAUGUGUGUGUACACCAGCCAACAGUUCUUCUGUAAAUGAUUUUCUAAUGAGCAAAAACAGAUGCACAGAUGGAACCUGAAGCAUUUCUACUGGCCAUGUGCGUUUCGAGAUUUGUAUACUGCUGUGCCAUUUUGUUUAUUUUGAAAAUUUUCCAAUAAAACAGGUCAAACGCACUCAUAUGCACGA